CACAAAAGAAAUCUUUUUAAAAAAAUACUAAAACAAAAGAAAGAAAAACAAAAGGUCUAGAUAGAGAGAUAGAGUACAUACAGUGUAGCAAUGGCAGGAGUCACACCAUCUGCGUCAUAUUCAGGCUUUCUUAUCAAUAAAAGAACAACAUUCAUCAAUUAUUCAUCUCAUCCUUCUUUAUUAUUAUCAGGAUUAUUUACCAAAAGAAAAAACCAAUGCGGUGGUGUUAGGGCUAUCAAAGAAGAAACAAAUAAAAAAAUUAAUAAUAAUAAUAAUAAUUUCACUUCUUCAGAAGCAGAUGAAGUCACUCAGAAGUAUGGCCUUGAAGUUGGUUUAUGGAAGAUAUUUAGCUCAAAGGAUGACGAUAACCAGGGGACUAAAUCAAAAGGAGAUCAAGCCAAAGAGCUCUUGGCUAAAUAUGGUGGAGCAUAUCUAGCCACGUCCAUCACCCUCUCCUUGAUCUCUUUUUCCCUAUGCUAUAUUCUCAUUAAUGCUGGUGUUGAUGUCCCGGCGUUACUGCAGAAGGUUGGAAUUUCAGCCAAUGAAACUGGGGAAAAGGUUGGAACUUUUGCAUUGGCAUAUGCUGCACAUAAAGCCGCAUCGCCUAUAAGAUUUCCGCCUACUGUAGCACUCACACCGAUAGUUGCUAGUUGGAUAGGCAAGAAAGUUGAUAAAGAUAACUAAGUAAACACUCGGUGUGUUGUUGAGCAAACAUCACUGUGGUAUAUAUAUAUAUACUUGUUUCUGCAGUAUGUAUGAAUAGUAUGUAAUAGUGUUACCGGCUUAGCUAUUUUUGUACAAACAAGUAAAUUCUCGGUGUGUAUAUGAAUAGGAUUCAGUGCCAGCACAAAAUCCAUAUUGUACAAAAAAUUUCUCAGAAAUCAUUAUCUGGACAAUAACUAUGAUGAUACUUA